AUGACAAGACUCGGGGGGUCCUGCCUGUUCCUGCUUACCCUUGUGGUGGCUCUGGUGGCCAGCACAGACCCAGACAAGAAUAAGGUCAAGGUGAUAAGGGAAUUAAAAGUUAUUGAUGCUUCUAAUUACAACGUGAAGCAGUGUCUGUGGUUUGCCAUGCAAGAGUACAACAAAGAGAGUGAGGAUAAGUACAUCUUCCACGUGGUCAAGAUAGUGCAAGUCCAGCUGCAGGUCACAGACCGUUUGGAAUACUUCAUUGAUGUUGAAAUUGCCCGCAGCAAUUGCAGAAAGCUUUCAAACAGUAAUGAAAACUGUGUCACUCAGGAAAACUCCAAACUGGCAAAGAAAAUGACGUGCAGCUUUAUAGUUGGAGCACUCCCCUGGAACGCCGAGUUCACCGUGAUGAAGAUGCAGUGUGCAGACCUCUAGGGCUUCUGGAGGGCACCCCACUGUCUCCGCCUUGCUCUGUGAACAGAACUGGGAGAAACAUGCUUUCCUCAUGCACGCCUCUCUGCUUGCCAUUUUGUUUUCAGUUUCAUAGUAUGUGGUAACGAAAGAUGGGCCUGUCCAAUUCCUCCUUCCUGGCCGCAGUGGGGCCCCUUGCCUUUCGCCAGCCUGAUGGUCCACCACCAGGAAUAUGCUUAUCACUGGUUACAAAGGAUGGAGUGAGAUCUGAUUCUGCCCCCCUCUGCAAGUCUGGGGAGGAAUCAGUUUUGAUUGGGUAACAGCCCCUUAUAGAGGUAGGAACCCAGUGGGUGCUAACUCAACAUGCUCCUUUUGGAAGCCUCUUUUGCCUGGGGCUCCUUUCCUUUCCCUUCCCCCCAGGGUCCUGAGUGAAUGGAGUUUUAAAUUGUUAGUUGUAAGGUCACUUUAAUUUCAGAGCUGACACAGAGUUUGAUUCUUGCGACUUCAAAUAAGAUCAGGGACAAUGCUCUUGCCCAAAGAGCAGAAAGUUUUGGACGGGAUGACAUGGAGGGUUUGAGUCUGGCAGUUCUCUCGCUUUUAUCUAGAACAAGGGCACAUCUGCAGCAUGCACCCUCCCAUCAUGUGAACAGGAAUGUGAAUCUGUGGGCCACUCUCAGAUUACAGGAGGGCAAUGACCUUGUCCCCUACCCCAACAGCCCCCCACCUUGGACACUACAGGCAGGUCUCUGGAGCUUUCUAACACAGAAGGUGUACCCCAAUAAGUGCACAUGUGUAGGUGAUCAGCUUGCUUUGCCUUCAGAAACCUGUCUGCCUCUCCCUGCCAAGAACUUGGGCUCUACACUCAGCCCCUCACUGCACAAGGAAGCUCAUUGGAAGCCCUUUCUGCAAGUAUUCACUCAGCCUCAGUUCUUUGCCGUGGGAAAAGAACAGGACAAUGGGGCUGUGCCCAUUGCCAACAUGAGGAAGUUGAUCUGUGGUGAAACUAGCUUCAACUUGCUGAGUGUUAGAGCAAAUUUUACCCCUAAGGGAAGCCUCUGAGCCAGGCUACAGAUCGGAGAAUUGGUUAAAAGUCCUGGGGCUCAACCUCCCACUCUUCCUCCUCAUAAAGAAAAACACAAAUUAUUAAUAUUAGGAGUGAAACAG